AUGGGCAUUCUUCCUGUUAAUAAUUCUACUACUUCACCAAUCAAUAUGUUAAAUAGUAUCACUACUACUGAUAACUAUAACUAUAACAACAACAUCAAUAAUAAUAAUAGUGUCUCUGAUAAUAUUUCGCAUAAUUUUCGGUCACAGUCUCCAUUUGGUAGAAAUGCAUACCCUGGAGUAGUUUUGAUGUCUCCACAAUCUGCUUCUAAAUCGACUUCUUCUUCUUUUAAUCAAUCACAAAAUUCUAUUUAUUUUCCCUCCAAAAGUAAUGAUAAUCAUACUACAAAUACUAAUCAUAAUUCCAACAAUACUAAAAAUCCGCUUUCAUUUGAUGAUAUGUUAGAUAAAGUUACUUAUGAAUCAACUAAGUUGCCUUCAAUACAAUAUCCAGUCCCAUUAUCGUCUGCAUCUAAGCAUGCUUCCUAUGUCCCAUGUAUUGACAUACCAUAUAAUACAACAUCCAUUAGUAAUAAUAAUAAUAAUAAUAAUAAUACAAGUUAUAAUACUCUUCUUCCUUCACAUGUUCCAUCUCCUUUACCACAACAAUCUAUUAAUGCCAAUUAUCCCUUAGAUCAAAUGUAUCCAUCUUAUCUCAAUAACCAAUAUUUGGAUGUACCAUCUAUAAACGAUAAUGGCACUAUUAGUAUCCCCAUAUUUCUUUCUACCGACACGAAUACAACUGGAUUUCUUCAGGAUAUCAGAUGUAUAAAUCAUUGGAUGAAAAAUUUAUCUGUUCAACAACAGAUAAUAGCUAUUGAUAAUAUAUUAUCUGUUUUGAGUGACGACAUUCUUUUCCAUACAAAAACAAAAAUAGAUUCUGUCCUAAAAUCUCCUAAUACUAAUAUGUCUUUUGCAGAUUCCGCAUCCCUCUCUACUGUCAACAAUAGUAAAAUUUCCAAUUCUCUCCUUGAAGAUCAAUACAAUUCUGAAUUUUCAAAACUAGAUUCUCUAUUAUUUAAUGAGACACAGUUUAUUACUUCUAACAAUGCAGCACAUAUUACACAAAGUAAAACCAACAAUCACUAUAAUAACAACAACAAUAAUAAUAAUAAUAGUAAUAGUAGUGGUAGUGGAACAAAUACUAAUAAUUCAACCUAUCAUCCUUGGUCCCCACAGCCAGUAUCUCGAAAGCAUUCUUCAUUUAAUGUGGAAAGAUCUAAAUCUGUGGAUCCUGGAAUGUUGAUGACAAAGAGAAAUAUAUAUCAACAGACCACUUCAAAACAUUCUUUUGAAUCUUCUUCAUCUCCUUCAAAUGCAAACAAUAAUAAAUCUAAUGUAAUGACCUUUGUGAGCAACAACAAUAACAAUAACAGUAAUAAUAAUAAUAGACAUUCUAGCUCUACUACAAAUAAUCAUUCUGUUGCUCCAACAAAUAACUCAAUGACAUCUGAAAAUUUAUGUGACCCAUCGUUAUUGAAAAAUAUUCCAGCUUGGUUAAAAUCAUUGAGACUACAUAAAUAUUCUAAUUGUUUGAGUAACCUACCGUGGUAUACAUUAAUUUAUCUGACUGAUGAAGAAUUGGAAGCCAAAGGUGUUAGUGCCCUUGGAGCAAGAAGAAAACUACUGAAAGCGUUUAAUAUCGUUAAAGAUUGCAAAGAACAGAGUUUAAUAGAUAAAUCUGCUUAUUGA